UGCGUGUUCUGGCUCGCUGAGACCACCGCUGCUGCACAACUAUUUCACUCUCGCAGUGCAAAGACAGCUCUUCGCUUAACACUCCAACAUGCGCACCGCUCUUCUCGUCUUAGCGCUCGGCGGAGCAAACGCCAUCAGUGCCCCGCGCUCCAAGGCUGCUCUGCAGCUGCGCGGCGGCGGCCUCGACGACCUAGACGUCGUCCAAGUCGGCGCCGCGGCCCUGGGCGCCGCGGGCCUCAACCAGUGGAUCUCGCCGAAGGCGAGCUUCGAGGUCUACGGCGUGACGAAGACCGACGCGUCAGCUUUAGCGCUGCGCCGCGGCGUCGGCGCGUGGCAGCUGGGGCUCGCGUACCUCCUCACGGCCGAGAAUCCCCUCGCGGCCGCUCCGCUCGUGUCCGCGGCGUCUCUACUAGCUAUCGUGCCAAACUGCGAGCCGUUCGACGCGCCGAAGGAGCCGAUCCUGGCCUGGAUCGCUCUCCUCGUGGCCAUGGGCACGAAGUUCACCGACCUGUCGCCGUGGGUCAUCACCGGGCUCUACCUCGGCAACGGCGUGAUGUCAUACUUCUUCACUGAAGAAACUCUCAAGAUGUACGGGUGCUCGGGCAAGAAGGGUCUCUCGAAGCUCGGUGUGGCGACGCAAAAGCUCUCGGGAGCGAUGAUGCUCUUCUCGGGUGCGUACCUUGCCGCGUUGGCGGCCGGCAAGGAGCCGCUCGAGGCCUUCGGCAUCACGGCCGCAUUGAUCUGCGCCCACGUAGCCAUCUUCGUCUUCCACGGCGCUCCGGACGACUACAACAAGCUCCCGCUGGCGUGGCUCGCGCUCUUCGGCGCGCUCGCUUUCAAGGCGCUCAGCUAAGACCUACCGCGACGCGACGACCCGUGCCGCGAGCGCGUCCCCGUCUCGAACCGGGGCGCUAGAUAACUAAGCCAAGUAGCAUUU